AUGCAAGUCAGAAAUAUUCAGAACAUAACACCGAGUCUAACUGACAAGAGUAUAAAGAUAUACUAUGAACACGUUAUGAUGAAACCAACCAAAAUUCAAGAAAGUCAGUAUACUUAUGAAUAUCCAAGACACUGGGUAGAGUAUGUAGGAGGUGAGAAAGCUAUUGAAAUCAGACAGGUUCGAAGUAUUCCAGCAGGAAGAACAAUAUUAUUGAAGAACUUUAAUGUUUUGAGGUAUAAUGAUGAAACAAAGAAGCAAGAUAGUUUCCCUGUUGCUGUGUAUGUGAACUUAGAUACAGGAGAUGACAUGAAAGUUUUUAAUACAAAGCUUCAAACGGUAGUGAGAGAACAACUGACUGCGGAAGGACAUCCAUUACCUUCAGAAGUUACCAUAGCAUAUAAUUUUGAAACAAACUCAAUAGAUUUUAAAGUCAUCUCUGCAAAGAAGUCAGGUUUUACAUUUAAUGAAGCAGAUGUAUAUUCGAAUGAAAACUUCAAAGCUAUUGCAUGGUUAGAUAAUGACGAUUGCUUUAAGAAAAUAUUUAAAUACAGUGACUCAACGAU